UGCGUGUUUGUAAGCUGCUGCAUUAUUCGGUAGAAUCUUGGGGGGUUUUUUGUGAUCGUUAUUGUAAUGUUCACAGUCAUGCUACAUCCAUAUUAACGUCGAUCUAAAAUGACCUUGCUGUAAAUUUACAAUUUACGUGCGUUUGAAUAAUGAAUAAAAUCGGAGACCCUCCCCGAUAUCUGAUAAAAUAACCACAUCCGCAUGUGCUCCAAGUAAUGUGCAACACUUCAAAAUUCCGGCCAAAAACCUGCCCCAAAAUAAGCUUUCAGCGGGAUCUUUUAGCCGCAUGAAUUAAAUAUCCCCAGUGGAAAAAAAGAUGGAUUGCAUUUAUGUUUUACAGGUUCCACAACGCUAUGCACAGCUUUACAGGAAACAUCUGUUAUCAUCGGGUGUUUUAGAUCUCCAGUACUGUUUACAGAAACACUCUAACGGAACAGUAACUUUGCCUGUCCGACCCUCAGCUCUACCCCGCCUUGACCUGCGAGCUCUUCAGGACUCUGUAGCUCAGGGCAGUUCUUGUGAGCUCUUUAAAACACAGGUUCCUUGCCGGUCAAAAAAGGGAAAAGCUAGGUCUUGUCGAGAGAGCAUUGUACAGAGUGUGCAGAUGCUGUUGGCAGCCAAAGGAAAGCAACUGAAUAAGGAAUUAGAAGAUGACAUCCCCAAUGGAUACCAACGUCAUGGAGAUUUGGUUCUGUUUAGUGAAGGGUGCUUUUCUCAGGCAAUCUGGAGAGAAAUUGGAUCUGAACUGUGGCUGGCAGUUGCCAGUGCGCUGGGAGUGAAGCGUGUAGCACAGAUGAAACGAAUUUCUCAGGAUGGUUAUCGAACACCCACGGUAACAAUACUACUGGGGGACAGCAGCUAUGUAACACACAUCGAUAACCACAUCAGGUAUGAAUUUGAUGUCACCAAGUGCAUGUUCUCCUUUGGAAACAUCACGGAGAAACUGAGGAUUGCAUCCUUUGACUGCACUGGCGAGACUGUGGUUGAUCUGUAUGCAGGGAUUGGCUACUUCACCCUUCCGUACCUGGUGCACGCCAAUGCCGCCCAUGUGCACGCAUGUGAGUGGAACCCAGAUGCAGCUGCGGCCCUGAGGACGAACCUGCAGCUUAAUAAAGUAGCGAACCGUUGCACAGUGCAUGAAGGAGAUAACAGACAACUCUCCCUCAGUGACCUGGCAGACAGAGUGAAUCUUGGCCUGCUUCCAAGCUCCGAGGAGGGCUGGCCAGUGGCAUGCCGUCUCCUGAGGAGGGACGUCGGUGGGAUAAUGCAUAUCCACCACAACAUUACCACUCCUCUCCACCGUGGGACACGUGAGGAGUCUGACACCCUGGAGACAGCUUCAUCAGAGGAGGAGGAGGAGCAAGAGAGAGCUGCAGAAGGUUCUCUGAAGCACCUAGAGAUCAUCCAGGCGUGGAACGCCUGGGCUCAUAAGGCAGCCGGCCGCAUUGGCACACUUUUGAGAGACAUCACCAUGGACACUUGGAUUACCACAAUUAAGCGCAUAGAGCACGUGAAGUCAUAUGCACCACAUGUCAGUCACAUAGUGUUGGAUUUGGAGUGUAAACCAGCAAAAUAAGUUGAUAGACAAAUUUGCUUAAUUUUCAUAAUUAAAAAUAAAUGAAUAUAUUACUGGCUCUUUGAACAUGUUAUAUACCGAUAACAGAUAAUAGUCAUCCUCACUGGGGCUCUUUGCUCGGCAGCGUUUAUUUGAAUAUUCAGGUGAGCAGAAGAAUAAAUUAUUUUGU